UGUAGGUAUACAAAUGAAAUCAGCCCCCAAUCUCUCCGACCUCCUCUCCCUAGACCCCUACCUGGAACCCUUCAAGUCUGAUCUCGACUCCCUGUUCACCAACUACCAAACCACUCGAGAUCAGAUCCUCUCCGCUUCUCCUUCCCUGGAUGAAUUUGCUAGAUCUUACGAGGAUUACGGGAUACGGAUACAGGCUGAUAACUCUGUGAGGUGUAAAGAGUGGGCUCCUAACCUCGCUAAAGUCUCCCUUGCUGGAGACUUUAACAAGUGGAACAGAUCAGAGUACCAACUGAAGAAUGUAGGAUCUGGGAUCUGGGAACUGGUUAUCCUACCUGACGAUGUGGGACAGUGUAGGAUCCCUGUAGGAUCAGAUCUGAGGUAUUUCUGUGAGGACAUGGAGGGUAAAACAUUUGACCGGAUCAGUCCCUGGGCUAACUUUGUUACAAACGGAGAGAGGAUUUAUUACAACGAAACCUUUUUAACCAGCUCUGAGUACGAAUGGAACCACAAGGCCCCAAAAACUCCACGAGCGCUGUAUAUUUACGAGGCCCAUGUGGGUAUUUGUACUCCUGAACCCAAGGUUUCUUCUUACAUUGAGUUUGCAGACACGGUGAUUCCAAGGAUUGCUAAGCUGGGCUACAAUACUAUUCAACUGAUGGCAGUUAUGGAGCACGCUUACUACGCUAGCUUCGGUUACCAGGUGACGUCGUUUUUCGCUGCUUCCAGCAGGUACGGUCCACCAGAUAUGCUGAAGUACCUGAUAGACACGGCCCACAAAUACGGCAUGUUGGUUCUCCUGGAUCUGGUACACAGUCACGCUUCAAUAAACACAGCUGACGGGCUGAACUCAUUUGAUGGCUCAGAUUCUCACUACUUUCUCUCCGGUCCUGCAGGAGUACACGACCAGUGGAACUCCAGACUAUUCGACUACACCAACACGGAAACACUGAGAUUCCUGCUAUCCAACCUUGAGUACUGGGUCUCUGAGUACAAGUUUGACGGGUUUCGGUUUGACGGGGUUACCUCAAUGUUGUAUCACCACCACGGUGUCAACUACUGUUUCAGUGGUGACUACCACGAGUACUACAACAAAUACCUAAACCACGGUGCCGUGAACUACAUGAUGUUGGCUAAUGAGUACCUCCACUCCAAGUAUCCGGAUAUCAUUACGAUAGCUGAGGACGUGUCUGGGUUCCCGGCGCUCUGUCGGCCGGUCAGUGAGGGAGGGGUGGGAUUUGAUUAUCGGCUGGCCAUGUCCACUCCGGAUCUGUGGAUCAAGCUGCUGAAGGACAGUACUACUGACGCGGAGUGGAACAUGGGUAACAUUGUCCAAACUCUCAACAACAGGAGAUACAAGGAGAAGAGCAUUGCGUAUGCGGAGAGCCACGACCAGUGUUUGGUUGGGGACAAGUCCAUCGCGUUCUGGCUGAUGGAUCAGGAUAUGUACACAAACAUGUCAUGUUCAUCAGAGCAAACGCCCCGAAUUGAAAGAGGUAUCGCUCUUCACAAGAUGAUACGACUACUUACUUUCGGGCUGGGCGGAGAGGGGGUACUUACCUUCAUGGGCAACGAGUUUGGGCACCCUGAAUGGCUGGACUUUCCACGAAAAGGUAACGGUGAAAGUUACCAUUACUGUAGAAGACAGUACAAUCUGGCGGAGGAUGAGUUACUGAGAUACAAGUUUCUAAACAGGUUUGACAAAGCUAUCCUUGCUACUGAGCAAGAGUACAAGUGGUUAGAUUCGGGGUACGGUUACAUCUACCUCACACACGAGACCGACAAAGUCAUAGUGUUCGAGCGAGGAGACCUCUCUUUUGCUUUUAACCUCAACUGGGAGAGUUUCACAGAUUACAGAACACAGGUCAAGGUUCCAGGUACGUAUAAAGUGGUUCUAAACUCGGAUUCCAAGCACUUUGGAGGUAAUGAUAGGAUAGAUUUGAGCACGAGGUAUUUCUCAUAUACUGACGACGGUAAGUUUUACAUAAGCACUUAUCUCCCUUCUAGGACUGCACUUGUCUUUCAAUUAGUUGAUUAGAUUUUAUUAUAUUGUUAUUUUUGUUAGGUCUAUUUUAGAUCAUUGUUCUACAUUGUUGUUACAUACAUAAUUAAGCAUAACAUUUCGUGAUUAAGCAUAGUAUUUCAGCAAUCAGUACGCGUUUUCAGAUUAUAAUUACAAUUUUGUAGAUUUUUAUAAAAAAAGACUUUGACUCAUGAUUGAUAUUUAUUAAGCAAAUGUCUCUCACAAUGCUUUUGAUUUAUUUUUAUGUUAAGAAGAUUAAAUUUGAUAUAAUUGAUUUAAUCCCCGUCGAUUCGUUUACAUUUCUGAAGUUUUACUGCAAUCUUU